UGUAUGUGCGCAGAAGGUAUUGCCUUUGGAGUUGCAUCAGAAUACACGUGAACGAAGUUAAAUUUAUCUUGUGAAAUAACAAAGCGAAAGUAUUCGAAAUUUAAAAUGUUGUUAGCCGGUAGGAUUAUUGGUAAAAAAGCAUUCGACUGUACAAGUUUUACAUUUAAUUUAUCUGGUAAACAAGAAUUCAGCACUUUACUUAAGAAGACAACUUCCCCAGCCUGCUCUGUGAACCAGCAUAAUGACAUACAAACAAGGCACAAGUCUGAAGGUGUCAAGGGAGCUGUUAUCGGAAUUGACCUUGGUACAACCAAUUCUUGUGUAGCGGUGAUGGAAGGAAAACAGGCCAAAGUAAUAGAAAAUGCCGAAGGAUCGAGGACAACACCAUCAGUAGUUGCAUUUUUGAAAGAUGGAGAGAGGCUUGUUGGAAUGCCAGCAAAACGCCAGGCAGUUACAAAUUCUGCAAACACAUUCUAUGCAACAAAAAGAUUGAUAGGAAGAAGGUUCAAUGAUCCAGAAGUAAAAAAGGACAUGAAAACUUUGUCAUACAAGAUAGUCCAAGCGUCAAAUGGAGAUGCGUGGGUAGAAAGUACAGAUAAGAAGAUAUAUUCACCUAGUCAGAUUGGUGCUUUUGUACUGAUGAAAAUGAAGGAAACAGCCGAAGCAUACCUAAGUACACCCGUAAAAAAUGCUGUAAUUACUGUUCCAGCAUACUUCAAUGACUCCCAGAGACAGGCUACGAAAGAUGCAGGUCAGAUUGCAGGACUUAAUGUUUUGCGUGUGAUUAAUGAACCUACUGCUGCAGCUUUAGCCUACGGCAUGGAUAAAACAGAAGAUAAAGUUAUUGCUGUUUAUGACCUUGGUGGAGGCACAUUUGAUAUUUCAAUUUUAGAAAUUCAGAAAGGAGUGUUUGAGGUCAAGUCAACGAAUGGAGAUACAUUCCUUGGGGGUGAAGAUUUCGAUAAUACUUUGGUUAACUUCCUUGUUGCUGAAUUUAAGAAAGAACAAGGUAUUGAUGUAACCAAAGAUCCAAUGGCUAUGCAACGUUUGAAGGAAGCUGCCGAGAAGGCCAAAAUUGAACUUUCAUCUUCACUUCAGACGGACAUCAAUUUGCCAUACCUUACAAUGGACUCUUCUGGACCAAAACAUAUGAAUCUUAAACUUACUCGCUCCAGGUUUGAAAACUUGGUUGGUGAACUGAUCAAAAAGACAGUAGCUCCAUGUCAGAAAGCACUCUCAGAUGCUGAAGUUAGCAAGUCUGAUAUUGGGGAAGUUCUGCUUGUUGGAGGAAUGACCAGGAUGCCCAGAGUCCAGUCGACUGUCCAAGAAAUCUUUGGCCGUCAGCCUAGUAGAUCAGUAAAUCCUGAUGAGGCUGUGGCUGUUGGGGCAGCAGUUCAGGGAGGUGUUCUGGCAGGUGAUGUCACAGACGUGUUGUUGCUAGAUGUUACUCCACUAUCUCUGGGUAUUGAAACACUGGGAGGCGUGUUCACAAGACUUAUCUCGAGGAACACCACAAUACCUACAAAGAAAAGUCAGGUCUUCUCUACAGCUGCUGAUGGACAGACACAAGUGGAAAUCAAGGUGCAUCAGGGUGAACGUGAGAUGGCUAGUGACAAUAAACUUCUAGGACAGUUUACAUUGGUGGGAAUUCCCCCUGCACCAAGGGGUGUACCUCAGAUUGAAGUGACAUUUGAUAUUGAUGCUAAUGGAAUUGUUCAUGUUUCUGCUCGGGACAAGGGUACAGGGAAGGAACAGCAAAUUGUGAUUCAGUCUUCUGGUGGUUUGAGCAAGGAUGACAUUGAAAACAUGGUGCGAAAUGCAGAAACAUAUGCGGCUCAGGAUAAGGUAAAGAAGGAACGCGUGGAGGCAAUAAAUCAGGCUGAAGGUAUCAUCCAUGAUACAGAAUCAAAGAUGAAUGAAUUCAAAGAUCAGCUUCCCCAAGAAGAGUGUGACAAAUUACGAGAACAGAUAGCACAGGUGCGGGAUGUUGUGUCCAAGAAGGAUGAGACAAGCCCCGAAGAAAUCCGCAAGUUGACGAGUUCAUUACAGCAGGCAUCACUGAAGUUGUUUGAGAUGGCAUACAAAAAGAUGGCAGCUGAACGAGAUAGCAGUUCAGGAAGUAGCAGUGAUUCUACAAGUCAGCAAGGUCAGGCGCAUGAAGAGAAACAAGAACAGAAAAAGGAAGAGAAGAACUGAGGGAUUGGUUUGUAGUGUGCAAAUGUGUGAAUGUUUAUGGGUAAGUGCUGUAAUGCGCCACAAGGAUACAAAACAGUUACACUUUUUGAGACUAUAUUGAAGGUUUCCGAUUGUAAUUGUGCAACUGUUCAGUGGCAGAAGUUCACUCUUUUUCAUGAUUGACUUCAAGUGCUGUUUGCAGGUAUCUUAUUGUUCUGAGAACAAAAUUGGCAGCAGUUGCAGGCUGUUAUAUCAUGAAAAGAAAUUGCAUUCAUAAUUUAAUAGUUUUCCUAAAUUUGUUUUGUGUUAACCAUAAUGAGCUGUAAAUGUCUGAAAGCCUAAAGGAGUCUCCCAAUUACAAAUACAGUCAUAGACGUUUUCAUUGUUUUGAGAUAAUCGAAGCAGAUGCAUUAUUGCAGCAUGUACAAAGUUGGAAUGGUAUAUUGUCAUUUCACUUAGAAUGAAUUGGAUGAAUGAAUGUUGUUAUGCAAGGCAGAAUGUAUAAUCUGUUGUGAUUAUAAAUAUAUGGAUGAGAAUUGGUAUUCUGAUGAUAUAGUGAGCUGCUCUUAGAGUCAUCAGUUAUUGUAGUAACAAGCUAUCUUGAAUAUCCUGACUUUGUUACUUGUUUGGUUAAAAAUGACCUGAUGAUAAUCUCCUUUGUCUCUGUUUUACUUUAUGUUAUGUAAUAUUUCUAGAUAAUUAAAAAAAAGUAAAUAAAAAAUUAACAGUUUAUUGAAA